GAGGGAUGAGUUGAGAAUCAUCAGUGCCUGGGUGUUUUCAAUCCCGAACCCAGCAGCAGUGCAACCCCUCUCUCUCUCCAUGGAUGCCGCUUUGCCUACCGGCAACCAGUCGCCGAGCAGCGCGGUCGGUCGUCGCCCCACCUGCAACAAGGCCGUCUCUUACUUCAAGAAAACAGUGACUUUGCAGGACUGGUGGCUUAUCAAAGCCGACCAGGACUACGAGGGAAAGAGGCUCGGAGUUGCAGGAUUUCCUCCCAGCGGUCAAAGAGGUUUGCGGGAGUUUCGCUCGGCACCGAUUAUCAAAACCUACGAUGUGUUUACCCUGGAGACUGCUGAUGGCGUCACUGUGCUCAUCCAUGGCUUCCUGAACCGGACUCGCACUGUCCAAAACGGAUUCCCUAUUGAGGCCACAAAUAGUUUCUUGUUGGGCUUUCCUUUUUACUGGGAACAUUGUGCCAAAAGGUGGGUUCAAGAUGCAUAUAGCAAUGAAGUUCACAUGACGAAAACCUCUGCAGAUCCAGAUAUGCAAUCCGCGGCUGCAGAGUCUACUCCAACUGCUGACAAAGAUAAUUCUAAUGAUGAAGUUGUGAAAGAUGGUCCAUAUCCCCCAUCCCUGAACUUCGACAUCAAGGCCUUGAAAAGGUGUCCAUUGCACAGUCCUAUAACGAGAUCUAGAAGUUCUGCCUGUGAAAAAGUGAUCACCAAAAAACAUUCCAGCGUGGAAGGCACUUGUGACACUGUGUAUCAUGAUGGUUCGAGUUCUUCCCCUGAAAGAAUUGUUGACAAGUUAGAAAGCAACAAGAGUAAGAAGAGGUCUGCCCGAAACUUAAACAGCAAGGAACCAGUAUUGUCCUUGAGAUAUUCAACCUUUACCAGCCCUUCUGCUCCCGAAGAAGACUCUGGUUUUGAAAGAUCCGAUGUGGACCAUCUGAAUGUGUUAGAAUUGAACCAGAAGAAGCCUGCAAAAAGUUAUGACAGUCCACGGUACGGAUAUGCAUUAAGGAGUGGGGUUAUAAACAGGUCAACAACUUCCUUGCUUCAAGUUCCUGAGCUGACGUCAGGAUUUAAUGGUGAGAAAGAAAGUGGUGCAUCUGCAUCUCCAGAUGCUGGCAAGUUCAGUCAUCCAGAACUUGAUUCAAAUAAUGAAAGCAUAAGAACGUUUGUGUACCCAAAUAUUGAUGAACGUGUUGACUUGAAGAAACAAGGGAACUCUAGAUCUAAAAGACGGAAAUCCAGGUCAAAGUUAGCGAGCCCUAAAUAUCUGAGCAAAAAGAAAGCAUCUAGAUAUGCAGUCAGGCAAAACAAAGAGUUGCCAUCAGAGUCAGCGAAGCCUCACCUUGAUGAAGAAGGGAAGCGUGGAGAUGUGCAUAAAAGAACUAUUCCCUCAUCAAGCAAAGUGAAAAAUUGUAAGUCAGAGGUAGGAGCAUCUAGAAGGACAAGAAAUUCAACAAGGAAAGAGAGGCAUGAAAAGCUUAAUGUUAAAGCUGGGGAUUCUUCUGGUACAACAAAAGUCAAAAAGAGAAUUUUCUUUGAAACUCCGGUUACUCCAAAGACAGUGGAAGGAAAAUCAAGGUCUCGUCUGCACUCUCCGGAGUCUUUGAAUCUCAAAAGAUCCCGAUCAGGCAGACUGCUCUUACCUGCCGUACGCUUCUGUGGCAAUCAAAUUCCAGUUAAUGAUACGGUUCGUCUAUCCUAAAGUCUUACCUUGGUUGCUUACAUUUGCCAUUUCUGUUUGGCAUUCGAUUUGCAUACUAUAUUUGCCCAUGCUAUCUUUUCAGACUGGAAAUGUUACUGGAAUUCUGGAACAAUUGGAUACCGUUCAGCCAUAUAGAGGACGGCCUUCUUAUUCUGGUUACAGGAACUAGAUCCGAGCCUCCGAAGAGAAAACGGAAGACCAGGUAGUUAGCCUAUAUGCCAAAUUCUGAACCUCUACCCGGGUCAAUCUGUUGAUGCUAUUGCAUAGAAUUGUUGUGAUUUCCGCCAAGUUUACCGUCAGAUAAGAACAGUUAGUCGCAUGUGCCAAUCUGUGAAUCUGUAAUGUGUACAUCGCAGACAAUCCUACUGCGUUUUGCUAGUUAGUUUGCUAUAAUAUCAAUGUACAAUUGCAAACUCUAGGAUGUGUUAUUGGUAACUACAUCUAAAAAAUUAUCAGAUGUUACGUGUUACCUUAUUAUGUUGUGAUAAAUAGAUUUAACAUCGAACUGGAAGAAGAAAAAAAGAACAUUUAAAAGGCUGAAAUGUGUUGG